UUCCAGAUGUUUUUACGCACAUUGAUAUUAGCCUGCUUAAUAGCAUCAACAUAUUCGGCAUUUUGGAACCUCUUUAGCAUGAAGAAGUGCAUCGGCGGAAAAUGUUUAUUUUAUUACAACGGAUAUGGAUGUAACUGUGGACUAGGACGGAGUUACAAACUUCCGGUUGAUGAUGUCGAUAUCUGUUGCAUACGUCACAAGGGUUGCUAUAGCGCAGCUUUGGAAAGUGGCGAUUGUAAAUAUGGGUUACUGCUCUACUUCACUACUUACGAUUGGAAGUGCGUGGAUCAGACUCCUGUUUGCAGCGAAGAAGCGAAAAAUUCAAAGAAUGCUUGUCGAGGAACAAUCUGCAACUGCGAUAGUGAAUUCGUUAAAUGUUUAAAAGAAAGCGACGUUUCUGACGUGAAGCCAAGAUGUGCGGUCAACAUCGAAGCGCAAAGAAAGCAACCAGUAACUUAAAAAGAAAUAAAGCGAUCAAAUUAUAGUUAGAAAAUUAUCUUCGAAACAAAACUAUAUAAACACUUUAGUAUUGUCCAUAUGGUACGCAAUAAAAUGAUAAAUAAUCUAACCAAGAGACAUCAACGGUGUCAAGAAC